UCACCGCCGCGGUCGGUAAAAAAGGCCGGAACGAGCCUGGAGCGGGAGAGUCUGCAGCGAUCAGCGAGCCGCCAACAGCUUUUGAAAAUGGAUUCCGUUGGAGUAAAAGUUCUAGAUUCAGCAGAUGACAUCCAGGAAAGACGCCAGCAAGUGCUGGACAGAUAUCGGCGAUUCAAGGAGCUCUCUCUUCUGAGACGGCAGAAGUUAGAUGAUUCUUUCAGCUUUCAGUGUUUCCGCCGUGAUGCAGAUGAAUUGGAGAAGUGGAUUCAAGAGAAACUGCAAAUUGCAUCCGAUGAGAGUUACAAGGAUCCCAGCAAUCUGCAGGGCAAACUGCAGAAGCACCAGGCGUUUGAGGCUGAAGUGCAAGCCAAUGCAGGUGCUAUAAUCAAACUUGAUGAGUUUGGCAACAGAAUGAUAACAGAUGGGCAUUUUGCAUCAGAAACAAUUCGAACCCGACUAGAGGAACUCCAUCAACUAUGGGCACGCUUACUGGAGAAAAUGAAGGAGAAGGGGAUCCGACUCCUGCAGACUCAGAAGCUUGUGCAGUAUCAGCGAGAGUGUGACGAUGUCAUGGACUGGAUCAAUGAUAAGGAAGCGAUUGUGACAUCAGAGGAAGUUGGCCAGGAUUUGGAGCAUGUGGAGGUUUUGCAGAAGAAAUUUGAGGAAUUUCAGACUGACCUUGCAGCUCAUGAGGAGCGUGUUAAUGAAGUUAACCAACUGGCUGGAAAACUUGAACAGGACAAUCACCCUGAGCUGGUGCUUAUCACCCAUCGUCAGGAUGAGGUGAAUGCUGCUUGGCAGCGACUGAAGGGCCUGGUACUGCAGCGACAAGGCAAGCUUUUUGGAGCAGCAGAGGUGCAACGUUUUAAUAGGGAUGUGGAUGAAACAAUUAGUUGGAUUAAAGAGAAAGAACAGCUAAUGGCAUCAGAUGAUUUUGGACGUGACCUGGCUAGUGUGCAGACACUUCUCCGCAAACAUGAAGGCUUAGAGCGAGAUCUUGCAGCUCUGGAGGAUAAGGUGAAAGCACUGACUUCUGAGGCAGAUCGCCUACAACAGUCACACCCACAGAAUGCAGCCCAGAUUCAGGUGAAACAAGAAGAACUCAUUCAAAACUGGGAGCGAAUCCGCACCUUGGCAGCACAGAGGCAUACACGUCUUGAUGACUCAUACAGACUGCAGCGUUUCCUGGCUGAUUUCCGUGACCUGACCAGCUGGGUGACUGAAAUGAAAGCUCUCAUCAGUGCUGAUGAAUUGGCGAAUGACGUGGCUGGAGCAGAGGCGUUGCUCGACAGACAUCAGGAGCACAAGGGUGAAAUUGAUGCUCAUGAGGACAGUUUCAAGGCUACAGAUGAAGCAGGACAGGCCCUGCUCAGUGGUGGGCAUUAUGCAUCUGAUGAAGUCCGUGAGAAGCUUGGAAUCCUUGCUGAGGAGAAAGUUUCUCUGCUAGAUUUAUGGGAACUCCGUAGGCAUCAAUAUGAGCAGUGCAUGGAUCUGCAGCUCUUCUACCGUGACACUGAGCAGGUGGACAACUGGAUGAGCAAGCAAGAGGCUUUCUUGUUGAAUGAAGACUUGGGAGAUUCACUGGACAGUGUAGAAGCACUUCUGAAAAAGCAUGAAGAUUUUGAAAAGUCCCUUGGUGCUCAAGAAGAGAAAAUUACGGCUUUGGAAGAAUUUGCCACCAAGUUGAUUCAGAGUGAUCACUAUGCAAAGGAAGAUGUUGCAGCACGUCGUGAUGCACUGCUGAGCCGUCGGAAUGCUCUUCAUGAGCGUGCCAUGUUUCGGCGAGUAGCACUGGAGAACUCUUUCAGCCUGCAGCAGUUUUUCCGUGACUCUGAUGAGCUGAAGAGUUGGAUAAAUGAGAAGAUGAAAACUGCCACUGACGAAGCUCACAAGGACCCCUCCAACUUGCAAGGAAAGGUUCAAAAACACCAGGCUUUUGAAGCAGAACUAUCAGCCAACCAGAGUCGAAUUGAUACUCUACAGAAAGCUGGACAAGAGCUGAUUGAUGCCAAUCACUAUGCCUCAGAUGAAGUGUCUGCCCGUAUGAAUGAAGUUAUCUCUCUGUGGAAAAGACUGCUUGAGGCCACAGAAAUGAAAGGCAUUAAGCUACGUGAAGCCAACCAACAGCAACAAUUUAACCGUAACGUAGAAGACAUUGAACUCUGGUUGUAUGAGGUUGAAGGUCACCUUGCUUCAGACGAUUAUGGAAAAGAUCUGACUAGUGUGCAAAACCUGCAGAAGAAACAUGCACUGCUGGAAGCUGAUAUUGCAGCACACCAGGACCGUAUUGAUGGAAUUAAUAUCCAAGCCCGGCAGUUCCAGGAAGCUGGGCACUUUGAUGCUGACAAUAUUAAGAAGAAGCAGGAAACUUUGUUUGGUCGUUAUGAGGCACUGAAAGAUCCAAUGGUGACUCGUAAACAGAAACUUGCUGACUCUCUUAGGCUUCAACAGCUCUUCCGUGAUAUUGAAGAUGAAGAAACAUGGAUUCGGGAAAAGGAGCCAAUUGCAGCUUCCACCAACAGAGGAAAGGAUUUGAUUGGAGUUCAGAACUUGCUUAAAAAACACCAGGCACUCCAGGCGGAGAUUUCUGGUCACGAACCACGUAUCAAAGCCGUGGCCCAGAAAGGACAAGCAAUGGUCGAAGAUGGUCAUUUUGCCAGUGAGGAUGUGAAAAGCAAGCUGAAUGACCUGAAUCAGAAGUGGGACUCCUUGAAAGCAAAGGCUGCGCAGAGGCGCCAGGAUUUGGAAGACUCGCUGCAGGCUCAACAGUACUUUGCUGAUGCUAAUGAGGCAGAGUCCUGGAUGAGGGAGAAGGAACCUGUUGUUGGUAGCAUUGACUAUGGGAAAGAUGAAGACUCAGCUGAGGCCCUACUGAAGAAGCAUGAAGCUCUGAUGUCUGAUCUAAUUGCAUAUGGAAGCAGCAUUCAGGCACUGAAGGAACAAGCUCAAGCCUGUCGUCAACAAGUGGCUCCCACAGAUGAUGAAACUGGAAAAGAACUGGUUUUGGCAUUGUAUGAUUACCAGGAGAAGAGCCCUCGUGAAGUGACCAUGAAAAAAGGGGAUAUUCUUACCCUGCUAAACAGCACUAACAAGGAUUGGUGGAAAGUGGAAGUGAAUGAUCGUCAGGGCUUUGUUCCUGCUGCCUAUGUUAAGAAAUUGGACCCAGCACAGUCUGCAUCACGUGAGAAUCUGCUCGAGGAUUCAAGCAGCAUUGCAAUGCGCCAGGAUCAGAUUGACAACCAAUACCAGUCAAUCCUGGAACUGGGGAAAAAACGUAAGGAUAUGCUGGAAAAGAGCUGUAAGAAGUUCAUGCUUUUCCGUGAGGCCAAUGAGCUGCAGCAGUGGAUCAAUGAGAAGGAAGCAGCAUUAACCAGUGAAGAGGUGGGGACUGACCUGGAACAAGUGGAAGGACUGCAGAAAAAGUUUGAUGACUUCCAAAAAGACCUGAAAGCCAAUGAGUCUCGCUUACGAGAUAUUAAUAAGGUGGCGAAUGAACUGGAGUCAGAGGGUUUGAUGGCUGAAGAAGUUCAAGUUGCUCAGGAACAGCCUCUCACGGGAUCUGCCCCAGGAGCUGCCAAAGAUGAAUCCGACUCUAAAACUGUGUCACCUUGGAAGACUGUGCGGCUGGCAACACAUGCGGUGGCUAGCUUUAAUGCCAUCAAGGAACUGAAUGAGCGCUGGAAGUCACUGCAACAACUGGCUGAGGAACGCAGUCAGGUCUUGGGCAGUGCACAUGAAGUGCAGAGAUUCCACAGAGAUGCUGAUGAAACAAAGGAAUGGAUCGAAGAGAAAAAUCAAGCUCUCAACACUGAUAAUUAUGGACAUGACCUAGCAAGUGUUCAGGCUCUGCAACGCAAACAUGAGGGAUUUGAACGGGAUCUUGCUGCUCUGGGAGAUAAAGUGAAUUCUCUGGGUGAAACUGCAAACCGACUGAUUCAGUCUCAUCCUGAAUCAGUUGAGGAUGUGGAAGAAAAAUGCACAGAACUGAAUCAGGCGUGGGACAGUCUGGGGAAGCGUGCUGACCAGCGUAAAGGAAAAUUGAAUGAUUCUCAUGAUCUACAGCGUUUCCUAAGUGACUUCAGGGACCUUAUGUCCUGGAUAAAUGGAAUUCGGGGAUUAGUGUCUUCGGACGAACUGGCCAAGGAUGUCACUGGAGCCGAGGCCCUAUUAGAGAGACACCAGGAGCAUCGUACUGAAAUUGAUGCUAGGGCUGGCACCUUCCAGGCAUUUGAGCAGUUUGGGCACCAGCUGCUUGCUCGUGGGCAUUACGCUUGCCCAGAAAUCAGGGAGAAGCUGGACAUCCUGGAGCGUGAACGUGCAGAUCUGGAGAAAGCCUGGAUUCAGCGCAGAAUGAUGUUGGAUCAAUGCCUAGAGCUGCAGUUGUUCAACCGUGACUGUGAACAGGCUGAGAACUGGAUGGCAGCACGUGAAGCAUUUCUGGCCAGUGAUGACAAGGGUGAUUCCCUGGACAGUGUGGAAGCCCUCAUCAAGAAACAUGAAGAUUUUGAUAAAGCUAUUACAGUCCAGGAAGAGAAGAUUGCAGCACUACAAGCUUUUGCUGAUCAAUUGAUUGGCUCUGAACAUUAUGCAAAAGAUGAUAUUUCAAAUCGUCGCAAUGAGGUAUUGGACAGGUGGCGCCACCUAAAAGCUCAGAUGAUCGAGAAGAGAUCUAAACUUGGAGAAUCACAGACCCUGCAACAGUUUAGCCGCGAUGUAGAUGAAAUCGAGGCCUGGAUCAGUGAGAAGCUACAGACUGCAACUGAUGAAUCCUACAAAGAUCCCACAAACAUUCAGCUGUCCAAACUGCUGAGCAAACACCAGAAGCACCAGGCAUUCGAAGCAGAGCUGCAUGCCAAUGCCGAUCGAAUCCGUGGGGUCAUUGACAUGGGGAAAUCGUUGAUCGACCGAGGGGCAUGUGCUGGUAGUGAAGAUGCUGUCCAGGCUCGCUUGGGAACGUUGGCUGACCAAUGGGAGUAUUUAGUGCAGAAAUCAGCAGAAAAGAGUCAGAAACUGAAAGAGGCCAAUAAACAACAAAAUUUCAACACUGGAAUCAAAGACUUUGAUUUCUGGCUGUCAGAGGUGGAAGCUCUGCUGGCCUCUGAAGACUACGGGAAGGACCUGGCGUCUGUGAAUAACCUACUGAAGAAGCACCAGCUUCUUGAAGCAGAUAUUAAUGCUCAUGAGGACCGUCUGAAAGACUUGAAUGGCCAGGCCGAUAGUCUUAUGUCCAGCGAUGCCUUCGAUACCACCCAGGUGAAGGACAAGCGUAAUGCAGUGAAUGGCCGGUUUCAGAAAAUUAAAAACAUGGCUACUGCUCGCCGUGCUAAACUGAAUGAAUCUCAUAGACUUCACCAAUUCUUCCGUGAUUUGGAUGAUGAGGAAUCCUGGAUAAAAGAGAAAAAGUUGCUUGUGAGUUCUGAAGAUUAUGGCCGGGAUUUGACUGGAGUGCAGAACUUGAGGAAGAAGCACAAGCGUCUGGAAGCAGAGCUGGCUGCACAUGACCCAGCUAUCCAGUCUGUACUGGAGACCGGAAAGAAGCUGUCUGAUGAUAAUACCAUUGGCAAGGAAGAAAUUCAGCAGCGACUGUCCCAAUUUGUGGCACACUGGAAGGAACUGAAGGAACUUGCUGCUGCUCGAGGACAGCGUUUGGAGGAAUCCUUAGAGUACCAGCAGUUUGUGGCAAACGUUGAGGAAGAGGAGGCCUGGAUCAAUGAGAAACUGAACCUGGUGGCGAGUGAGGAUUAUGGCGACACACUUGCUGCAGUGCAGGGAUUGCUGAAAAAGCAUGAAGCAUUUGAAACUGAUUUCACGGUUCACCGCGAUCGAGUACAUGAUGUUUGCACUAAUGGAGAGGAACUGAUAAAGAAGAACAAUCACUAUGUGGAGAAUAUUGCUGCAAAGAUGAAGGGAUUGCGAGCGAAAGUGACAGAGUUGGAGAAGGCGGCUGCUCAGAGGAAGGCGAAGCUGGAUGAGAACUCUGCAUUCUUGCAGUUUAACUGGAAGGCAGAUGUAGUUGAGUCGUGGAUUGGUGAGAAAGAGAACAGUCUGAAGACAGAUGACUAUGGGCGUGAUCUCUCCUCCGUACAAACAUUGCUCACAAAACAGGAAACAUUUGAUGCUGGACUGCAGGCUUUCCAACAGGAGGGGAUCACUAAUAUUACAGCACUGAAGGACCAGUUACUGGCAGCAAAACACAUUCAGUCCAAAGCCAUCGAAGCCCGUCAUGCUUCUUUGAUGAAAAGGUGGAAUCAGCUUUUGACCAAUUCUGGUGAAAGGAAGAAGAAAUUGCUUGAAGCACAGGAACAUUUCAGAAAACUUGAAGAUCUCUUUUUGACCUUUGCUAAGAAAGCUUCAGCCUUUAACAGUUGGUUUGAGAAUGCAGAGGAGGACCUCACAGACCCUGUGCGUUGCAACUCUCUGGAGGAGAUCAAGGCCCUGCGUGAGGCUCAUGAGGCUUUCCGGUCAUCAUUGAGCUCGGCUCAGACUGACUUUAACCAGCUGGCAGAGCUUGAUCACCAGAUUAAGAGUUAUCGGAUGUUCUCUAACCCCUACACCUGGUUCACCAUGGAAGCCCUGGAGGAAACUUGGAGAAACUUACAGAAAAUCAUAAAGGAACGUGAGCUAGAAUUGCAGAAGGAACAGAGACGCCAGGAAGAGAAUGAUAAAUUACGUCAGGAAUUUGCGCAACACGCAAACGCCUUCCACCAGUGGCUGCAGGAAACCAGGACAUACCUACUGGAUGGUAUAGCGUAUCGUCGUGUCAUUCAUGUGUAUCAGUAUGAAGUUGGGGAUGAUCUGGCUGGAAGGUCGUGCAUGGUGGAGGAGUCGGGAACACUUGAAUCGCAGCUUGAGGCAACCAAGAGAAAACACCAGGAGAUUCGGGCAAUGAGGAGUCAGCUGAAAAAGAUUGAAGACCUUGGGGCAGCUAUGGAGGAAGCCUUGAUCUUGGACAAUAAAUAUACAGAGCACAGCACAGUCGGAUUGGCACAGCAAUGGGACCAGUUGGAUCAAUUAGGAAUGAGAAUGCAACAUAACCUGGAACAACAGAUACAGGCCAGAAACACAACUGGUGUAACAGAGGAAGCUCUUAAAGAAUUCAGCAUGAUGUUCAAGCACUUCGACAAAGACAAAUCAGGACGCCUGAACCAUCAGGAAUUCAAAUCAUGCUUGCGCUCUUUGGGAUACGAUUUGCCAAUGGUAGAGGAAGGGGAACCAGACCCCGAAUUUGAGGCCAUUCUGGAUGCUGUUGAUCCCAACCGAGAUGGAUAUGUAUCAUUACAGGAAUACAUGGCCUUCAUGAUCAGCAGAGAAACGGAGAAUGUUAAGUCUAGUGAGGAGAUUGAGAGUGCUUUCCGUGCCCUCAGCUCAGAAGGCAAAGCAUUUGUCACACGUGAAGAACUCUAUCAGAACCUGUCGCGGGAACAGGCAGAUUACUGCCUCUCACACAUGAAGCCGUACACGGACGGCAAAGGCAGAGAGAUUCCUUCAGCCUUUGACUACGUGGAAUUCACACGAUCACUAUUUGUGAACUAGAAGCUCCUAAAAUUAAAGCAUUAUCUGCUAACAUUAGCUCUGCAUGUCUAUGUCUAAUCUUUGUGCAACUAUAAAUUGGCCUGUCAGACUUGAGUACAUUGGCUUGCUUUUGUGCUUUGCUUGGAAAUUUUUUUACUACUAUAAUCGUUAAUGCAGUGUGCUCAAUAAACACUACUGAUUCAAAUUGGACUGAGUGUGUUGUACAGUUUGAGGGUGAUUCCCAUACUGCUGUCAUUCCAGGAAGACCCAGUAACUGCUUUGUACCUCUAUCUGCAUCACACUAGAACAAUGUGUAUUGCAGCAGAAAAACUGACAAAUGCUUCCUAAUUUCCACAAUUACUUGUUCAAAUAUUUCAACUUAUGUUUAUUCAACAAUUAAAGCGUGUGAUCCUUUAAAAUAAACGUCUAAGAUGAAGAGAAAA